AUGGGGAGCGAUGACCCUUGGCUGACGACAGGCAUCGACCCUUGGAGCGCCGGCCGAGUCUCCAAGAACGGCGUCGCGGCGGCGACGACGACCACGAGCACGGGUCCGGCACCCCGUGCGAGCACCCCACCACCCAGCGACUCAGAGGAGAGUCCCAGCGCAGCGAAAGCGGGUCCUCCCAGUUCUUGGAUCAAUGGAAGCGCCAAUGGGAUCGGCCACGCGCCCAAGCCCAAGCACCCCCCGGCCUCCUUGAAGCCGCAAGCCUUCCAAGCACCGCCCCCAAGUGGGCCGGCCGUGCCAAGCGGGCCGGCAGGGCCCGCUCCACAUGGCCCACCUGUGGCGAAAGUGGCACCCGCAGUUACAAGCACAAAUGCACGGAGUGAGGGCGAAGGCAAAGCAAGCACGUGCUUGUUGCAGGUGCCACACAGCGGGUUUGCCGACGCAAAAGACCCGGACUUGAAGAAGGUGAGCCAAGGUACGCCCAAGUCGCGGACCUUCCACAUCCAAAUCUACAAAGACUCUCCGGACGAGCGCUUAGGCCUUAGGACCGAAGUGGUGGAUGGAGUGGGCUGUGGCUCCGCUGGGCGGGUGCACCGCAUCUUCCACGGAGGGUUGAUUGAGGAGUGGAAUCGGAUGGCCGUGGCUUGCGGCAUGCCGGACUGGGAGGUGGAAGUGAAUGAUGUCAUCAUUGGUGUAAAUGGACGAAUGGAGUAUCAUCCGGAUGACUUUGAAGUUCGCACUGCCACAGAUUUGGACCUGCUGAUCAUGAGGGGUUUCGCGCACAACCCGGUGGCCGUGCAUGCGGUCGGCUGGGCUGAGGAUCAAGGCCGCAGGGCAGAAAUGGAGGAUGGCUUCGUCUUCGUGGACCAGUUCGGCGGCCAGCAGCGCAGCGCCUUCUUCGCGGUCUACGACGGCCACGGGGGGCGCCCGGUGGUUGACUUCGUGACUCGUGAGCUACAUGAAAACUUGUACAAGGAGUUGCGAAGAACUGGUUCGCCAGCCGAUGCUUUACUUCAGGCCUUCCGGCUGACCGAUGAAGACAUGCUACGCAGGAAGAUCACCUCUUCCGGCUGCACUGCAUGCUGCUGCCUUCUGCAGGACGAAGCUCGAGGGCGUGUGAUCUACACCGCACACUUGGGUGACAGUCGCGCCGUCCUGGCACGCAGCGGCAGCGCGACGCGCAUGACAUCGAUGACCGACCAUAAGGCGACCGACCCUCUGGAAGCCAAGAGAGUCAUUGAAGCCGGUGCGACACCGCCGGAUCACCGCCGACUCCGCGGCACUCCGCGGCACGCGGAACGCCUCCCGUCGAAAGCUAGAGCCACUUGCAGAAGGCCCGUUUGGACCGGUUGGUCCAGUUGGAUCAUCUUUGAAGGCCCAGGCCCAGUCCCAAAUAGACGGUCAAUCUCUUAG